GGAAUAAAAGUGUAAAAAUUUUCGUAUAUCAAAAUUUUCAAUAAAAACAACUGGCGGAAAGUGUCCUCGUAACAAAACUUUAGUAUAUCUUUUAAAAAAUCUAAUUUUUAGUCAUGGAUCCUAUGCUAAUUGUUUCCCCAAAGGACAAACUCCGUUUCUCAAAAACGGGUGAACGUGAAUGUCUUUUGCAUCUUAAAAAUUCGGUUAAUACUCCAAUUACAUAUAAGGUUCAGACCUCAUCACCAAUGAAAUUCCGUGUCAGACCACGUUUUGGUGUUUUGCAACAAGGCGAAUCAGUAAAUGUUGCCAUUGUUCUAAAAAAUCACGUAAAACUUAAAGAAGGAUUCGAAAAAGAUAAGUUCCUCAUAAGUGCUCUACCAGCUCCUCCUGAUUUGAAUGGACCGGAAGUCAUGGAAAUGUUUUGGAAACAAGUUCCUUCAAAGUCUUACAAAAUUGAACAACAUCGCGUAUCCUGUGUAUAUGAUGUAUUAAAAGCGCCGGUGGAAUGUUUAUGUUGUCAAAGGUCAAAGAUAAUAGAUAAUCCCAUUGAUACAAUAAAAUCUUGUGUUGACGUACAAGAAAACCAGAUGAUAAUAGAAGAAAAGGAUGAAGACACGUGUCAAGUUGCUAAGGAAACUGUUGAGAAUCCAAAAACUGUACUGAAAAACCCAAUGUGGCAUACACAAGUUAUACAAUUCAUUACGGCUCUUAUGUUGAUACUUAUUACUGCAGGUUGUGGAUAUCUACUAAAAAGGUUAUCUGAAUUUGAAUUUUAUACUGAAGUCGAAUGUUGUGUUGAAACACCACUUAAAUCGGCGGAGACGGGACGAAAGCUAAACAUUGAAUCCUUAUAAAUUCAUGAAGGUCAUCCUUAAGACCUUCAUCCUGAGUGAGUUUUUUCUACUAGUUGAGUCUCAUGCUAUCUUUUAGUCCACAAAAUUCUAGUGAUAAUUAUUCUGUUGUUGUGAAUAAAUAACACUAAAUAGUGAAAUAAAUUAAACAAAAAUGAUGGAAA